AUGCCUGUCUUGAAUCACUGCAAAAAAGUCUGGACGACCUUUUUGAGUGCCGGCGGAUUUGACAUGCAAGCACUGGGAGGACUCAAGCUUGUUUCUGCCUCCAAAGGAAAGAUCCUCUGUGAACUCCAAGUCGAGAAGCAACAUCUGAAUCGAUUAGGUGGUUGCCAUGGUGGUCUUCUGAGCACCAUCGUCGACGUCGGUGGAUCACUUGCUAUUGCUGCCGAAGACAUGCAAGCGACAGGAGUCUCCACAGAUCUCAACAUCUCGUUCGUUUCGGGGGCAAAGAUUGGCGAAAAGCUCUCCAUCAACUCUCGAUGUGACAAGAUUGGAGGGACACUGGCGUACACGACGGUCGAGAUCAAGGUAGAUGACAAAAUUGUCGCUUUAGGUCGACACACCAAGUAUGUUCUCCUGGCGCACAAGACAAACGCAGAAUUGAAGCGUGCACAAGCUUCAGAGUAG